GGAGGGGAGACGAGCGGCAGGGAGGGGAGGAGGUUAGCGAGCGAGAGAGAGAGAGAAGCGAGGGAGGCUGAGGGAAGACGGAAAAAAAGGGGGCGGAGGCCUGCUCGCUGAGGAAAGCGGAACGGACGGAUGACGACGACGACGAUGAUGGCGAGUUGGUGCCGGAGCCCGCGCUGCUCGGCCGAGAGGCGCGGCUUCAGGCGGGAACUCGACUCGUGGCGACACAAACUCAUCCACUGCAUCGGCCGGGGCUGGAGCAAGCCAAAAAUCUGCCGGGACUCCUGAGAACCCUCGAGCCAGUCCGGUUUUGAGAGCAUCUUGGAGGGGCUUUACGGACCAGGCUUGCUCAGAGACUUGAGCCUGUUCGACGACUGUGAACCCGAGGAGGUCUCUGAUUGGAUAGUAGAUGAAAACUGCCCCUUCUGCUGUCUACGGCGAGACAAAGUAAAGGAGCAUUUGUCAUCUCCAUCGGAUUUGGACGGCGCGUCGGAUUCUACAGACACUGCUGAGCAGCUGGAACGCGAAACAGAAACUUUUCUUCACGCUCUCUUUCAGCGGAAAGAUCCACCAAGAGCAUGUAACCCAGCCAUUCCACUGGUGGCCCGCGAGAUCAUGUACAGAAUGAUACGACAGUUCGCAGCCGAGUACGCGCAGCGUCGGGACGCGGCAGCCGCCGAGAAGGAUGGCUGCGAAGCAAGUCCCAUGGCACCACCCCCAGCCGCUGAUGCAGCCACCUCGGUGCCGUCAGCAAAGCCCUCCUGCCCCACGUCCAGCGGCACCAUGUUGGCCGUCCCUUCAGAUCUGGAACACAAGGCCGAGAGUCCUCCGCAGGAGCCUGCAGCGAUCCCAGUGAAAGGCACAGCCCCCACUCCUCUGGCAGAUGACUCCAUCCUAAGCAAGCUGCUGUCAACACAAGAUGAACAUACAGCAGAUGAGGAGGAGGAGGAAGAAGAAGAUAAGGAUGACGAGGAUGGCCCUCUCGACCUGUCCCUUGGCAAGAGUACUCAGGACUGCAAAUACGACCAAGCUGGCGUGCUGGACCUCUCCACCAAAAAAUCAAUGGAUGCUUCUAAAUCCCCGUCUGCAAAGGCAUCAGCUGCAGGAGUUGCUGGCAAGGUACUGAUGAUACAGGAAGAUGCAUCAUCCUACAAUGGUGUUUUCCAAAACAGUACCCUUUACUUGAUCCUAUUGAAACUGUGUCCACUGCACCAGCACUUGCUAGUAGUGGUACUGAAAUGCCUUGCUGAAGAUUACAGAUCAAAACACAAGUCGUCGAACAGCACAAUGGGUAAAAAACCUUGUAUGUCAGCAUUUUCAGAUUGUAAAGUUUUAUGUUGGCAUCAAACCAAAUUUCCAUCUAAUGAAAGCUGCACUGAAUCUAGUAGUGGAUGUGCCACUGGUCAACAGUUGGCAAAGGCGUCCAGGGCUUCUUUAAAUGCUUCAGUUUUGUCAAACACAUCGAACUAUAAUUCGAAGGACUCUGACAAAAGAUAUUGCACUUGUACAAGAACCGAGCCUCGGAGACGUUCUUUCAGGUGUCUCGCAAAGUCAAAUGCAGAAUCUCUGAAACACCAGUCAGAACUUUUACCGCAUGGUCCUGUGCAGGUCAACUGUCGCAGGUCAUGCUGUACAGCGCCGAGAGCAAGACAGUUGGGAAGAGGGAAGAGUCCAUCUCCACCCACACUUUCGCCUGUAGACUCACUGGACGAACUGGAAGACUGUGAUUUUAAGCAGAAAUCAAAAAUCGCAUUGAGGAAGUCACGGCCACCACGACUUGUGCCCCAAGACGAUCAGGGAGACAGCCCUCAUUCAUCUGGGAGCGAGACCUUGGGGUGUUCACGCAAUUUCACAGCAGUACACACAAGAGGUUUGAAGGCUGUCCAUAAUGGAGAGUCUGAUAGAGGAUCGUCUGAAAGAUAUUCUGAAAAAGAUAGUCUGGAGAGCACAGUCUUAGUUGAUGAGCUCAUGGACAGGAUAAACCUUCGACUGCAAACCAUCGAGACUACAGUGCAAAUUGAUGGCAGCAAUCUUGUCUCCAAGUUGUCAGAAAACAGCAAUGAGAAUAAUGGGAAGAGGUUGUUGGAUGAUAUCACAUCGCUCAUGCAGUGUACUAAAGACAAGAAGAGAGACUAUAGUUUAGUGGACCUGCUGAGAAAACAUGAAAUUCACGUGGUGCAGACCCGGUUGCGAAGAAGACGGCAAAAUCUUGGAACACUUCCACAAACAGUCUUUUCUCCUACUAACGCAGUGAGUCAUCGCCGGCCAGCAAUGCAAAUCGAAAAUAAACUUUCCGAUUUAAAUAGUACGUUUUCUUUGACUCCGUUUCAUGUGACUAAGGAACCUUCAACUGAUGCGACUUGGGAGGGAGAUGAUGGAACUGAUAUUGAUUGCUCGGACAAAGAGAGCAAGUUUGAUUCAUUACCUGCUGAGAGCACAGAUUGGAAACCCGCAAUUCGGUGGCCUUCAAUAAAAAUAAACAGCUGUGAAUUUUACCCUGCACCAAGUGAAGAUUCUGAUGUCAUCUACGUUGAUAAUAUUCCUGACGAGCUCAGUUAUUCAGAAAUCAAUUUCAAAAACAUGCGGAGGGGUAACGCAAGGAAGAGCACACGAGGAAAUGUAAGCAGUCAAGAAUACUAUGAGAUGCAGACUAUUUGGUUAAAAAGCACUGCAGACACAAGCGAAAACGAUGUUGAACCACACCAGCCUCAGGAAAAUGGCAUAUAUUCAAAGGAGUACAUGCAAGCACCAAUAAAUGGCAUGGUAGAUAUUCCUCCAUGUAAACAGGAAAACUGUAAUUUUGAAAAUGGGAAAGCACCUUUAUGCAAGGACAGUAGAGUAUCUUGCAUUUCGGAAACGCAAACGUCUUUGAAGGCAGAAAAUGAUUCAUCAAAACGAGUGCCAGGUCCCAGGAAAAGCAGCAGACUAAUUUUGAAGGAGAGAGCAGAUACUAAGACAAAUGAACGUAUACCAUUGAACUCGCGGCAUAAUGUAAAUGGCCAUGAAAAAUUAAUGGAUGAAAACACUCAGGCGGACGAAAAAUUUGCAAGCUUUACAAAACGUUCGGAAGGCUCUGCAAAACACCAGAGCAGUGAAAACAUUGCUGCUGUAAACACCAGCACUGAGCCUGCAGAGGCGACCGGUUCAGGAAAUUACCAGUCGCCUUGUCAACAAAAUACAUUGACCGAUGAUGCAGUUGGGCUUUCUACCUGCAGCACCUUGUGUAGCUCAAGAGAGAGUGUUAGUUCUGAAUUUAAAGGCAAACUGUGCCACGAUCAAUGCGUACAAGGAAGGAAAAACGUUGCAGGAAAUUUCUGCACACAGACGGGUGACGUGCAAAUUAUUAAAGGUGGCACGGGUGAAGUCGAGUUUACAGAAAAUGCAACCACCUCCCUAAGCUCACCGGCAGUGCCUUUGAGAGACGGGGAUUCAAGCACUGCUUGGAAGAGCUCCUUUGCAAAAGCGAGCAAUAACGUUUCUGCGACUACAAGGUCACCGGUGACGAGUGACCAGCGAACCUUGAGGAGCAGUCGCCGACGCUACACGCAGUCUGCCGCUGUUGACGAGUGUGGCACAGCGCUGCGGAAGAAAUCGCCCUCGCGGACAGAUCUGGCGGGCAAAGAGAAGGUGGAAGAUUGCGAGCUGGAUUUGGAAAGGAAACCAGGUGCAUUGGCCCGCGCAGGGAGAAUGGCCAUCGAGAGUUCGUCUACUGCGCAGGAACGGCAAUCGCAUGAUGCACGCACAGAUUCUCUCACUCCGACCAAUGAGACUUCACUCAAGGUGAAGUCUUCACUGAAAGUUCAGUGCCCCGAUGAAGCUCGAGAACGCCGUAAUAGAGAGGAAUGUAGUUUGAAAGACGAAGACAUGCAAAUACUGUGUUCACGUGACUCAAAUGGGGACCAAAACCACCCCAAAGCAAAAAUCAGCUCAACGUGCGACAAGAAAUUGCGUGGGAUCGUCGUCGUUGUCGACGAUGUUCAGUUUAAGAGAAAUGUGAUGCCAAACGGGGAUAUACCUUCGUGUAGUGUCUGCCUCAAUCCCGACUGUUCACGUGAAUGUUUACAGCCUUGUCACAGUGAAUCGGAGGCUCGGGCUGACGUGCACAAUUCUCUUGAACCCGAUUCGCAAGACGGCAACUCAAGUUUUUUCGAGCUGAAGUCUUCCUGCACCAUGGAGUCCCCACCGAAUAACACAGGCGCAUCCACACCAUCCUCUGACUGUGCUAAAUGGUCCAGAUCUGAAUAUAUGAAGUUGUUAUGGAAAAAAAGACACAAUAUUUUGGCAUCAAAAGUUACAUUUUCCAAAAAUGUAGAAAAUACUGGUGAGCAGACACCUGGAAAUAACAAUUCGUUGAUAUCGAAACUCGGACCCAGGCUGUUUUACGAUAGUUCCUUGCUAGAUAUUUCAACUAAACCACCCAUAUGUAAAAGUCAUCGAAGCUCUACCAGUGUUUAUUCGAGCCAGACACAAAGUACAUCAGAGGAGCAAAUGCAUGAAUUGCAUGUCAGUGAAUUGAGUAAUAACCUUGCCAAGCCUGAAUUGAGCAUAUUGGGUGAAGAUGUUCAGCAAAAUGUUAAUGGAGGCGAUGGGAAAAUGCAAACCAGAUCUCAGAUUCGGGCACUGGAAUUGCCAGAAAACAGGUUACAAGAGCAAUUUUUGCAUCACAGGGUUUCAGAGAAAAACAGUAAUGAAACACAUUCACUGUCUGAUAAUUGCACUGUCUUGAAAAAUGUAUUCACUCAGGAAAUUGAAAUGUAUAAUUAUGCCACACAGCCUUCAGCAAAACCAAGUAUAUUCCAUACAUUUACUCCGGAUACGAGGUCAGAGUGUUAUGGUGCGACAAGCAUUGGUCCCACACUCCACUUUGCAGGAGAAUAUUUUGUUCAACAAGGCCUGGUGGAUUCCAUCAAUGAACAAUAUGAAAAUAUAAAUCAGGGCUGGAUCCCCGUGAAAAAUUGCAAUCUACUGGCGAAAGGAAAAUCUACAUCGGAACGAAAAAAAGAUGUCUGGCUGAUGGGGAAGAAGAGGACAAAGAAGGUCACAAGCAGAAUUCCUCUCAUCCAACAACUUUUCAGCAGCAGUUGCAGUCUACCGAAACUUCAAGAGUGGUUCCUGGAGUCUACAGAAACAAGACCUCUACGCAUCCUGUCGAAGGCAAACGCCCGAGAUCCUUUCAGCGUCUUGCAAGCAUCACGGGAAAAAACGACGCAAAUGUCGGACGGACAAUCCUUCGCACUCACUGCAAAAUGUGAUCGGAUGGAAAAACACCUGAAGAAAUUUGCGCUGACUGCGAGUAAAGCUCAGAAAAUCCCAACAAAACAAAAUCCCAAGAAAGUUGUCAAUAAAACAAAGCUCAUUCCUGAGAGUCAAGAAAAAGGAGAGGACUGUGCUGAAUGUGUUCACAAGAAUAAAAAUCCCAAACGGACAGUCACUCCCACGAGUGCGAAAGAGCGCAUUACCAAUGCCCCCGUAAGAAAAGAAAAAGCACACAGUCUACAAAAUUCCAAACCUAAGCCGUCCAGAAAUGCUACUGAAAAUAAAUUAACAGCAGCAAAAGUUUCCCAAGGAAGUAAAUCUUCCGACGAAAACGGUACUCGGGUAUGCCAGCAGAAAUGGCUGCAGGGCGAACGCAUUUCAAAGAAGUACAUGAACAUGCGCGGAAAGGCUGCGUGGAGCGGCGCCCAUUGCGGUGAAGUCGCACGCCUUCCUCGUGAACUCAAAGCACUCUUGGAGGAUGAAGUCCACAAGAAUCUUCCUCCAGCCGGAAACCAGCGCGUCGGCGUAAGAAAAUCGAGGAUGCAGAGUGUCGACAGCCCCAGACCGAUGCUGAGCAAAGGUGUGAAGGAUCUGAGGCUGCAAAAUAAAUCAAAAUCUUCCAGAACCAAUAGUGGAAGCCCACUGAAGAACUCUGAACCUCCUUCGAAAGAUGCACAUACAAAAACAAAAGAAUGCUCAACUGGUGGUGACCCAGCAAGCCUUCGUGUGGAUGGCGGGCAUGUUGACUCAAGGACAGUGAGCCACAGUCUGGAGUCGAGGCGUGCCUUGCAGGGAAAGGAGGCCGCAAGGAUUCCUUCAAAGUCUUCUCAUUUUGCUGCUGCUCUUUUGAGGCCCUCCAAGCUGGGUGAUGCAGAAAGGAAACGGAGGAAUGACGAUAUGCCCCAUGCUUCUCCUGCAAAGAAGAUGCAUUUGGCUUUGAGAGCGUGCAAAAAGACAUAACAUCUUAAACACGAACUACUGAACGUCUCGAGAGCUCACCAGUUGAAUGAAUUGCAAUGCAUGAACAAGACCGGAUCCUCAAUGAGCGGCGUUGAAUGAUGGUGCUUGAGACUUCAAUUUUUGAAAAAUACCUUUACUAUUUUAUAUAGGACAAAAGUAAUUCAUGUAUUUUUUUAACUUGCGGUUCACGAGGCAGCCAUCUAGAGUGUAUAACUUUAUCAAUUAACUCUUUUUAAGCAACCUGUAUAAUACAAGCCAUGUGAAAAAAUAUCUCCAGGGCUCCGAGUCAACUGCUGAGGUUCAGAGAAUUAAUAAAACAGCGGGCCACUGAGGGUUCCACUGGCUCUUGGAUGGCAACUGCAACUAUUUUUUGGCCGGAACGUUGAAAUGCAAAUGAUUACCAAAAUCAGGCAAUAUAUUUUUAAGGAUAUAUUUACAUUUGUACAACAGACUUGAAGUUCCGCAAAACUUGAGUGACUUUGCAAAACAAGCAAUUUUGACUUGCAACUUUGAUGUAUGUGUGUAGGGAUAAAUAUACAUGUUGAUUUAUUUACUGCUAUAUUGUACAUUUUUUUUGGGGGGGGGGGGGUGGCGGGGGAAACAUUGUGUUUAACAACAAUUUAAAUUGUACAAACAAAAUAUAUCUUGUGCGCAGACUCUGCCACUAGAGUGCGCCAGAGUACAGGUUGAUGUUAAUUUGCGCUGCACAAUUAUAAACAAAAGUUAUUUUACCAGGUAAGGCCCCGGCAUCGCUGAGGCUGCAGAAAAAUAUAUCUGUAACGUUUUCAUGUAAAGGUGCCAAAUAUGCUCGUCUUUUGCAAUUGCAAUGCAGGUGUGUUUCUCAACUUCUUACGGACCCCUUCCUUUCUCUUUGUUUAAGAAACAAAAAUCGUUUCCUACCAUGUUACUUGAUCAUGUAAAGCUCUGGCUUUAUUAUGGCAAAAGUAUAUUGUUUUACUAAGGGGCAGCUCGUCCUCCUGCAGGUGGGGUUAUCUUUCCCAUUGCCUCUGUCCUUUUCUCACAACUAUUCUCCCCUUGUUUGUCUGUACGCAUGUUGAACUUCAUUUGCACCGUACGUAGCCAACCUCGCUAAUCGGAGGUGCGGGGGGAAGGGCAAUGAACUAAAUACAACAAGAAGUUCUUAAAGAAAUUCGUUUAAAAAAAUGUCUCUGCAUUGCCUCUGCCCCUCCUCAGUUGGCCACUCUAAGCAACUCACCAGACACCUGACAGUACUCACCACCUUGCACUGUCAUCAGAUACCACUCGCGUGACACCACUACCAGUCACCCAUCAGAUACUCACCUGACAUCUAACCCUCACCAGACAUCACUCACCAGACACCUCACCACUUCAACAAAAACACCAAAACUCACCAGGCCAUCCACCUGACACCAGCUUCACCUGUCAUGUCACCACUUGGCAUGCACUCCCCAGACACGAACGCGCCAGGAACUCAGCAAACAUGACCCACCACUCGCCUGCCACCAGCCAUCAAGCCUCACAAACUCGCCAGACCAACAGACAAAAUAUUUAGAUUCUGAUAAAACUCUCAUUACACCUAUGAAAGAUCAAGACUGUUAACGACUCCACUACACUCCCACACCACUGCAUGAAUACACUACACCGUUAAAUGCGUCUCUUUUCCCUCAUUCAGUCGCUUAUUUUUCUCAUUCACUUUCAUUUUAAUCUCAUUCAAUCAUUUCACUCAUUCACUCUGCUGCACUGCCCACAGCCUCUCACGCAGACCCACUGGCCAUCCAGCAUCUCCCAAACCUGAUCCUUGAUGCUCUCCUAUGACUUCCUGGGACAGCCAUUCGGCUGGGGGACACCUUUUUGCUAAGCUGAAGGUUUGUCCUUGUGGCCACCAGAGAAACAUUUUAUUUGUGAUACACAUAAGCACUGUAGGCUUCUGGGAUUUUGAUGUUUGUUUUCCACACAGGUGAAUAUGAUGUUUGUUUUCCACACAGGUGAAUAUAUAUGUUUUGCUCUCAUAGCCACAGGCGACGGCCCUUCCAUCGAUACCAAACACGUAGCUUGAAAAAAAAAUGAUUUGCAUAAGGUUUUAUUAAAAGUGGCACGUACACACAAUGGAAGACUUGUGUGUGUGUGUAUAUAUAGUGCACUCAGGAUAUGGAGAAACGAACGUGGCAGGCCUUUACACAGUGAUUGCAAAAAAAGCGACUGUUGUUUUGACCCUGUGUUAUUCUCUUGGGAUUGUUUAAUGUUUUUAUUAUUAGAUCGUUAAAAAGUGUGAAGGUUUUAUUUUGUGGGAGCACUAUGCAAGGCAUCCUAUGCAAUGUGCCAAAUUGUGUAAUUGCGAACCAAAGGAGCCAAGACAAUCGAUUUCUGUAUGUCAAUUCCUAUAUCUUCCCGUGUAUAUUUUGUUACAAUAUAAUAUUAUAAUUUGUGUACGCGCGUUCAAUGUUAAGUUGGUCAACAGGGGAUCCUUCCAAAAUCUUUUGCGCGCUUUCGGGCUGAGUUACAACAGGAUUAUAGUAUGAGAUGAGACACGCCUAUGCAAACGCCAUUGUGCCUGCAACAUUAGUUAUUGAUUAGAUUGUACGUAUUACCAAGGAGAUUGUGUGAAUGAGUAAAUUUUAUUCCGCAUUGGGCCAUAACAACUCUCAAACACAGCAUUCAUUCAUCGACAUAUCACUACGGUGUGAUGCUCAGAUGCUGUCAAAUAUAUAUUUAAGUUCACAUACAUGUGAGGCUUCGCAAAGCAGUGGCGGUGCUGGUUUUAAAAAUAGACUAACCCGGACGCAUAUCAUCCACUGUUUCUGAUGAGCCAUUCAUUGUCUGACUUAUUGUGUACAUACAAUUUUCAAAGUCAUCCGUUUAAGCGUUACUGGACCAACAUUUUAUUGUGACUGCAAGGCCCGUUAGCGUCUGUUGAAGCAACUUGAUGGUAACUAGUUUAAAUGUGGUCAUUCAUUUAGUGCUAGUAAUGGGGGGUUUUCUGCUGCAUAUUAAAUUGGUAGCCGUAAAAUGUUGUCAACACAUUUAUAAGAUGCGCACGCCGAUUACAUUAAUUACCACGUGCAUGAACAUUGACCUAUGAAAUACAGUACUGCAUUCUGAAAUAACAUGUUUGUGUACUGAAAGACAACCGUUUGGUCGGCUUGCUGUUGAAAGUCAAGUCUCAUCCCAAGUUAUUAUUUUAUAUGGAGCUUUGAGUGUUCCAUCGCAUACGUUCCAAUCGCUCAUUACAGUAAGUGAAUUGGCCAAACAUCCCUGUGCAGGACCCUGCUUGAAAGAGCCUUGAGAUUGAGUGUGGCUUUUAUGGUUAAAUAGUCUAACCAUUAUCACUUGAUCAAGAAGCAUACACCUAAGUUGUGGCUGUCCGUAUUCGUAUAUGAUUAUUUUAUCAAUUAUUUUAGUUGACCAACAAAGCAUGCAUUUGGCGUCUUUCGAUGAGAACACAACAACACAGUAAUGCGAGCAUGUCAAUUGAACAAAGAACAAACCAUGUUUUAAAUUUCUUCUUCUGACAGCAGUGUUUUCUCGCUACAAGACGCAACAGAUCUUGUAGAUAUCUACCACCUAUACUGUGUAUCCUGUGACGUUUCACUCGAGUUUGAUACUCCCUGAAUGAAAAUGUAAGUCGGAACCUAUAUCAGUGAUGGCACCGUGGUGUCACUCCUGUAUGUUUCAAGACAGUGUCGCUGCCAUGUACGACACAAGCUUAAUGCUUCGUGAAUGACAAACAUAUCUAUUUACAAAUUAAAAUUUGCAGAGGAUCACAUUGGCAGUGGCGUACAAGCCACACGUGAAAAACAACUCGGCAUAUUGAUCACAACACUUUUAUGAACAGAACAUUAUAUAGAUUAAUACGCGAUAGCCAUUGUCAGAAACAGUGUGACCCUGCUGCGACCGUAACAUUAGAUGUGUAUUUUUGUUUUGUCUUUACCGACAAGUAGGGAACACAUUCCAUUGUAGUGACCUCUGGGAAGAACAUCGCACCAUUGUACGAAGAAAUUUGAUUUAUUUUUUUUAUGCGGAGUUGGUGUACGUGCGGUUUAAGGAAAGUUUCUACAUGUUUAACAGAUGAGUGAUGUGUAAAACGGCACUGCAGGUUAUUUAGUGUGUACAUAAGCAAUACUCAGGGACUCUCAAAACAGUUUUUGCCCACUGGAUUACGAUAAUGAAAAGUACAUUUACUCACAUCCAGGCAAAACAGACUUUGGUAAUUUGCCUGUUAAGACUGUGAACUUAACCACUCGUCAUAUUGUGGAAACCACUGGCCACUUGUGUUGAUCACUAAACGGUGAUUUUAAUCAGUGCGCUCUAAGUUUGAGUGCUUUUGUCACUUGCGCUAUGCGCGAAUUCUGUAAUCACGACUUUGGAGCAAUAAUUUUCUUGCACUCGGGUGCCUUGUUAAAUGUUGAAGCUGCAGUGCAGACAAACAACCGAUCUUUACAAAAUUAUUUUAUCGUAUAUUGUAUUCGAAUACUUUGCAGCCUUCAAUGUUCUAAAUGACACACUUUUACAGGUGGCAUUGUAUAUUUGUACACACGUGAAAUAUGGAAAUAUGCACAAGAUCUGCCGACAGGUAAUGGAAAGCAGCGCAUUGUCUUCACAAUUUUCCUUUUGGAUUGUCUUUUGAGUCUGUAGAACAUUUUGCUUUGUGUAUGUAAAUUGUAUACCCUCUGGCUUAAUUACCAUUACAUGUAUAGAAUUUUCUUCACACAAUCUCGUUUCAAGUCUUGCUUUCGUAGUUUAUUGUUUCACUACUCACGUCACCAUGUACCAUGCCUAGUUUGCAAGCUUUUCAUACAUAUACAAUGCUUUCAUGGACAUGCAAAAGACUGACCAUUGAAAAACGUUCAGGAAAAACGCCGCCUAUGGAUACAAGUUGCGAAAAUUUUGACUUAUUUCUGACACAAGCAAUUUCAUUUCUUCCCUCCCCCUUUUAUUAAAAGUCACUGAAUUAUUCUACUGAAAUUUUUUUUUUUAAUGUAAGCGUGCACCGUGAUUGUAUUGAAGUCAAACGUCCACGGACUUUCUGCUAUUGUUAUUUUUAUAAUGACAGUGAAUACAUUACAAAAUACUGGCAUCUGCGUACCAUGGUCACUCCUCUGUCCACACACAAGCACAAAUUUGGGAACCCAACAGUUGGUCGAUUAACAUUUAAUGCGGUGGGGUUAAGUGUGGGUACUCCCACCUCUUCGAAGAUGUCUGGCUAUGUGCCUAUGUAUGUUUAACUUCUUUGGCACCGUACGUAGCCAACCACGGGAAUCGGAGGUGCGGGGGCUAGCGUGGAAGAAUAGUCUUAAAAUACCCUCCCAGUGAGGGUGCCUCUCUUGACAUCCUUCUGCCAACAGUAGCGUGAGAAAGAAAAUCGCAAGGCUGCUUAUUUUACAUUCAAGAUUCCGGUUAUAAUUGUAAUGACUGGCUCCUCGAGCCAAGUAUUUAUCAGGGGGGAAUAGCACGGAGUGGGCCAACACUACAUCUCAAAUCGGCGUGCUUUACCAACAAAAGGCUCUGUCUGAUCGGUGGUGGUGGUGAUGAUAAGUUGUCGAAAGGGCCAAUGGACAUAGCCAGGGCCAGAAAAGGGCUCUGCUAAACAUGACGAAAAGGUUUCUGGUUGUGUGUUCGCGGUGCUCGGCUCGCCAAUUUUUAGUACACACUCGCCAGUGUUGUCAGGCGGUGCUAUUUUAACUUAAGGUUUAGCCACUAUCAAACCUUCGUGUUAAACGAUGACAGAAAGUGAGCAUGGUCUAGACUUACACAAGUAAUAAAAAUCGCGUGGCAUUUCCACAAAGACUUUUCACUUCUCGAAACUCAUAUGGCGACGCUAAAAUGUGGUUUGUGUGUGUGUGUUUCGCUUGUCAACUUUCUGAAACAAUGGGUGCUCAUUUAUAGACACAAAAUGAAAUGCACAUUUUUUUUCGGAAAAAACUGCCGUAUUGAGCUGCUGGGAAACAUUUUAAUAAUGGGGGGAAAAAGUUACAAUAAACUGGAUUUUAAAUAAUG